GUGAGGAGGACGACCACAUGGUGGCCAGAGGAGAAUAUGACUUUACAGCUGCUUCUCAGGAGGAGCUUUCUAUGCAAGCUGGAGAGAUGCUCGACCUCGCUCCUAAAGAGCUACAGUCCCGUGUGCAUGGCUGGCUCCUGGCCAGUGUGGACGGUGAGACCACAGGCUCGUCCCAGCCAACUACAUUAAGAUCCUCGGCAAGAGAAGAGACCGCCGGGCCGCAGAUAUGGCGAGGCUCGCUCAGACCCACCGGGUGUACACGCAGGCACCCCAAACAACCUUGGCUGCACAAAUACCCUAAUCUGUGCCUCUACUGCAUCCCAUGAACGUACAGCAUCUACCCGUAUCAUGUACAGUACAUGAAUGAUCCAUCUCGUCUUUCAGCUCAGUCUCAUCAGAUUCAUUAAGUUCACCUGUAUCCCCCUCCUGUGUGCAGUUUCCUCGUU